GAACAUUUUCUGUUUUGUUUUUUAGGUUCUGAAUAAUAUAAACUUAAAAAUGUUAUCAUCUGACAGUGAAGAUGAAGAUUUUUCUGCUGGAGAAGAGAACAAAAAGAAUGACGAAGACAGCAGUGAAGAAGAAAUAGAUGAUGAUGAUGAAUAUGAAGACGAAUAUGAGGAACGGAGUCACAAGGCUAAAAAAAAGAAGCCUGCCCAUGGAGGAUUUAUUAUUGAUGAGGCAGAUGUGGAUGACGAUUACAGUGAUAUUGAAGACGAAGCUGAAGCUGGCUUUGUUGAACCAACCAGUCAUCACGAUGACGAGAGUAUUGCAGCGACUGAAGAUAUGUCAAGAAACCGAAAGCUUGAUAGUUUAUGGGGACAAGAAUCUGCAGAAGAUAUUGCUGAAUACUACAAAAGAAAAUAUGCCAACGAAGGCAGAGAUCGUUAUGCAGAAGAAGACUAUGAAGCUCCUGCAGAAAUUGAACAACAGAGUCUUUUGCCUGAUGUGAAAGAUCCAAAUUUGUGGAUGGUGCGAUGUCGCAUGGGUGAAGAAAAACAAGUUGUGUUUGCAUUGAUGCGAAAGAGUAUAACUUUUCAAAACUCUGAAACGCCAUUGCAAAUUAAAUCAGCCAUCGCAGUUGAAGGUUUAAAAGGAUAUAUUUAUGUUGAAGCAUACAAACAGAGUCAUGUGAAGGCUGCUAUUGAAGGAUUUGGUGCACUAAGGUACGGCUUAUGGUCGCAACAGAUGGUACCGAUCAAUGAAAUGCCAGAUGUGUUGAAAGUGGUCAAAGACAUUGUACAAAUCAAAGCGAAAUCAUGGGUUCGAAUAAAACGAGGCUUAUAUAAGGAUGAUAUUGCCCAGGUUGAUUAUGUAAAUACUGCACGAAAUCAAGUCACUUUGAAAAUUAUUCCAAGAAUUGACUACACUAUUAUGCGAGGAGCUUUGAAGCCGUCCUUGGAUGAGGCUGGAAAAAGGAAACGAAAGGCGCGCCCCUCCCAAAAAAUGUUUGAUAAAGAUACCUUAGUAACCAUUGGUGCUGACAUUACUCAAGAUGGUGACUUCUACAUGUUCGAAAGUAACCGCUAUCGUGCUGGUUUUCUCUAUAAAACAAUGGUUUUGUCCGGCGUAAUAACCGAAGGUGUUAAACCUUCUUUGAGCGAAUUAGAAAAAUUUACAGCGUCUGUGGAUGAUGAAGAUUUAGAAUUGGGGCAUAGCAAAGCGAAGGACGAGAUUGGUCAUUCCUUCUCACCAGGAGACAUGGUUCGAGUUUCUGAGGGCGAAUUGAUUCAUUUGAAAGGCAAAGUUCUUUCAGUCGAUGGAAAUAAUAUCACAAUCAUGCCGAAACACGAAGACUUGAAGGAUCCAUUAGAAUUUCCUGCACACGAGUUAGAAAAGUAUUUCAAAGUUGGUGAUCACGUCAAAGUCAUGCGGGGGAAAUACGAAGGAGAUACUGGUUUAAUCGUCCGUGUGGAGGAGAAUGUGAUUGUCUUGUUUUCGGAUCUGACAUUUCACGAGUUGAAAGCGAAACCGGACGACUUGCAGUUAUGUUCAGACAUGAGCACAGGUGUCGACUCACUGGGACAGCAUCAGUGGGGUGAUUUGAUUUCGUUAGAUCCACAAACUGUUGGUGUUAUUGUGCGUUUGGAAAGAGAAAACUUUUCUGUUUUGAACCAACAUGGAAAGGUCGUUCAAGUGAAGCCACAAGCAGUAUCGAAGAAGAAAGACCGGAAUGCAGUUGCGCUUGAUUCUGAGCAGAACCAAAUUCAAAUCAAAGAUAUAGUCAAAGUCAUUGAUGGUCAACACGAGGGACUGCAAGGCGAAAUCAAACAUUUGUAUCGUGGCCACGCGUUCAUACAAUCAAAAAUGAUGCUUGAAAAUGGCGGUAUUUUUGUUGUGAAAGGAAGAUCUUUGGUCCUUGCUGGUGGUGGGAAGUCUGUAUCAAAUAUGAUGUCUGGGGGAAUGGGAGGCGGAUUCGCACCAAUGUCACCCAGAAUAACAAGUCCUGCUAGAGAUGGUCCUGGCGGUGGUGGUGGCGGUGGUAGAGGUGGAGGUGGCGGCGGUUUUGGAGGCGGUCGUGGUCGAGGUGGUGGUGGAAGAGGGCGUGGUAGAGGCGGAGGAAGAGAUACAUCAUUAAUUGGAGAAACUGUGAGGAUCGCACAAGGACCGUUUAAGGGUUAUAUUGGUAUCAUAAAGGAUGCUACUGAAACACUAGCCCGGGUUGAACUUCAUACUAACUGCAAGACUAUUUCUGUGGAUCGGUCUCGCUUAGCACUUGUCAGUGGUCAAAACAAAGGUGGAGGAGUCACCGCGUACGGUCACACACCGAUGUAUAGUUCUGGACAGACUCCAAUGUACGGCAACCAAACUCCUAUGUAUGGUUCACGAACGCCCAUGUAUGGGAAUCAAACGCCAAUGCACGAGGGAAGUCGAACUCCAAAUUACGGUGCGCGCACUCCAUCGCACGAUCCAUCAAGAACUCCGUCGCACGAUCCUUCGAGAACUCCAUCCAAUGCCGGCCACGGAGGAGCAUGGGAUCCAACCCAACCCAACACGCCUGCUCGACCGAGUGAUGAUUUUGAUUACAAUUUUGACGGACCAGGACCCUCACCUGGCUUCGGGGCCACGCCUAGCCCACAGACCCCAUCACAUGGUGGAUUCAAUAACGGACCGUAUACUCCGGGUACUCCCAUGUCGAACAUGUUUGGUGGCGACUCGUCCUACUCCCCUAUGCAUACCCCAUCACCGCUUCAUGGUAAUCCGUUAACACCAGGAGCAGGUCUUGGACCAAUGUCGCCUGCUUAUACACCCCAGACACCAAUGACACAGUUUGAUGAAGAGCCUGAUCACGCGCAAUGUUUAACGACAGACAUUGAAGUAAAAAUUGUGAAUAAUUAUCACGAACAACGUUACGCGAAUAAACCAGGUGUCAUUCGAGCUGUGGAUGAAGAUACGGUUAUGGUAGUCAUGUACGAUGGAAAAGAAAAUUUGAAUCUCCCUACCUCCGCGGUGGAGAUAGUACAACCAGUUAAAAAGGACCGGAUAAAAUUUAUUUUUGGCGAUGACAAAGAUGAAAUUGGUGUUUUGAUUAACAUCGAUGGACCGGAUGGGAUUAUCAAAAUGGAACCGGGGGAUCAGUUAAAGAUCCUUCAGUUGCAUUACCUGGCAAAGUAUGUGCCACCCGAAUAAAGAUCCGGUUAUGAGCACACAUGCGGAACGCAGUAAUUCCGCUAAAUACAGAAAUACGCUGUAACUCUUAUAGGACAUAUUUUAGAAGACAGAAUCCUUAUAA